UUACAUUAAUUUAUUUUAAAAAUGGCGUUCAGCGAUAACAUAAUAAAGAAUAUGGCAAACGAGAUAAUCCGUGAUUGUCAAGCGAAGAGUGUGUCCCCAGAAUAUGACUUCGUGGUAUACAUAAUACAGCUCAUGCUGUAUAACCCAAAAUUUGGUAACGCCAGUGGUAUAGAUAGAAGACAUUUGGAAAACUUCGUGGAAGAAUGUGUGAGGAUGAUAGUCGGCUCCGAAACACCGAUAUACACGCUCAAAAUGCAGCACACUGUCGACACAAACUAUGGUGCACUUACCAAACUAGUAGAUGAGCAUACGGCCUCUAUAGAGCAGUGUCUCAAACCGCUUAUAAACGAAAUCUUAGACGCAGAUCCAGCGACAGAAGCGGAAUACAUGAAGUUGUAUAGGAAGAUAUCUAUAUUUGUCGUGCUUUCCAGUGGCUUGGGAAAUCCAGGAGCUGUCAUGACCCUGAAAGAAGGCAUAGCGGCGCUCGAAAGCGUGUUCCCUGCGCCCGACUUGCGCGUCUUCGUGGACCUGCCUCGGCCGGAGCGGCUGGGCCAGCUGCAAGAACUGGUGGAACUGGUCUCUGGAGUGAGGUUGUUUAAUCGGGACUGCGGGAGAGGAGGCGAGGGCAUACCGGAUUUGACAUUCACCACCCUCGACGCGGGGCGGGCGUGUGCCGCGGCGCUAUCAUCAACUGUUGCGGCGGUGACGCAACGCGUCUCAUCGCUGACAGCUGCGGUCGGUGUUGACAUUGAUGACGCGGGGGAAAUCGUGACGAUGGGGUUGAGGAGUGCAAACAAACGUAUCUUUGACCUCAUAACAUUCUACCGUCAAUACGAGGUGUUCCUGCGGCGCCUGCUGUCAGACGUGGCGGCCAUCACUGAGUCCUCCGCCCAGAGCGCGGAGAGAGCUAGGGUAGUGCUACAGGAGAUACAUCUAGCCGUGAAGUACAAGACGGCCGUGCCUGCUGCUACUGUUUAUCCACUCUUCAGAAAGCUGUGGUCGGUCUGGCGAAGUCUUCAGAACAUCAUGUACCUCCUAGCUACCGUACACAGGCUGAUGACUAGUCUCAACAGCAUCCACGAUCAUGUGAAGAUAACUCCAGACGUCAAAAAAGUGGUUGGGAUGGAAAUGAAGAAAGCAGUAGAGGGGGGAAACCUUGAUUAUGGGAAUGUGACUGGAGAUAUUCAGUUUCAGGGUUUUUGCGCCACGUGUCUCAACGUGGGUGCCCUGGUUCCUGCCAAACGUGGCGCUGGAGUCAUCACGUGUGACGGCAAGAGCUACGGGUUCUGUAGCGUGGUUAUGGCUAAGCGGUUUAGUUUAGAGCCUAGAAGAUACAUAAAUGGUGUGCUGGAAUAUGCCAGAAACAAUAUUGACGUCAUCAACUUACUGCGGCUGAAAGAUGAACUGACUAGAGUUAGGAACAUACCGGACUUAGUCGCUAAAGUGGAGCCUAAAAUUCAGGUGGUAGACCGGCACAUACAGACGGAAACGCACCCACGAGCCACGCACAUCGACAAGGACUAUUCCUGGGACAUGUGGGAAUGGAAGCGGCGCGCUUGUCAGUGGGCCAAAAUAGUGAACUGUCGGACCCGCGCCACCCAAACGCACCACAGUCACCACCGCCGCGAAGCACCCUGUCAGACCACGGAGCCCAGGGCGCGGGCGGUGCAGACGACGGUAGAGGCCGCUGUCAAUACUGAUGGCUGCGGGAGAGUGGGGUAUCCGUUGUGGAGUGUGGGUGACAAAGUCAAGCAGUUUGAAGUGUGUCCAUGUACAGUCAGUAUCGACAGCGAAAUAGACAAAGCAGCAUACGAAAUUAUCAAGAAAAUAAACGAGACAUCAAAUUAA